CAACAGGAUGCUAUAACCUCAAAGUCAGAGGUGCCCAGAUGCAGUCGGAUUGCUUCUCAGAUCCUUCACAGGGAAACCAAGCAGAAGCAGGUGGCUAAAUUGAAGGACCGCAAAUAAAAGUAAACAGGAUUUCAAAUGGAGACUUCGUCCACACACCUUUUGGGGGAACCCCAUUACAGCAGAAAUAGAGAGGAGGAGGAGGAAGAGGAAGAAGAGGAGGAAGAGGAGGAUGAGGAGGAUGAGAAGGAUGGUGUUGAAGAAGAUAAAGAAGAAGUGAAAGAUGAGUCAGCCUCCGAGAAGCUACGCAGCCCGGGCUGGUCUCCGGGCUUCUACUUCAGAUCCGACAGGGAGGUCUACUACUAUGCCGGCCAGGAGAUUUUCAUCGACGGGGUCCUAGACUGCUAUGCAGGCACCGUAUGGCCAGGGGCUCUGGCUCUCUGUCACUACCUGGACACUCAUCGUGAACAGCUGAGUCUUGUGGACAAGGCGGUCCUGGAGAUGGGAGCAGGAACUGGCCUCCUGUCUGUGGUGGCAGCGCUCCUUGGAGCCUCAGUCACAGCCACAGACCUUCCUGAGGUGUUGGGUAAACUCCGGGCCAAUGUGAUGAGGAACACCAGGGGUCGCUGCAGAUUCUCUCCCCAGGUGGCAGCUCUGUCCUGGGGCCAGGACCUGGAGAGCACCUUCCCUGCAUCCGUCUACCGGUAUGACUACGUGCUGGCAGCUGACGUGGUCUACCAUCACGACUACCUGGACCAGCUCCUGGACGCCAUGAAGCAUUUCUGCCAACCGGGAACCAAAGUGAUCUGGGCCAACAAGGUGAGGUUCGAGAAUGAUCUGACUUUCACGGAGAACUUUAAGAAGGCUUUUCACACAAGUCUGCUGGUCGAACACGGAGAGAUGAAGAUUUUCAUGGCAACAUGCAAGGAAGAAGAGGGAGAAGGGGAUCUGGAAACACAAGAUUUGACGAGUGAGGAGGAGGAAGAAAAUGAGGAGGAGGGGGAGGACGAGGAGGAGGAGAGCAAUAAAGAGCUUGUGGCGGAAAAACACAAUGACAUUGAUCUUCAUAAUGUCAAUACAGAAAGUAGAAGAAGAACAGAAGAACCCAUUGUGUUAGAGCCUGUAAGAGAAGACAAGGAAGAAACAAACAAGCAUGAGUCGGAUUGUGAGGAAGAGAUAGAGGUAGAAGAGGAUGAGGAGACGGAGACGGACGGAGAGGAAGAAAUAGCAGACAUCAAAGCAGAUGAACAGCAGGACAGAACUCCAGCCUGGGUUCCCAGUAUCCACUCCCGCUUUGGUAGGGAUGUCUACCACUACGUGGGACACGACAUACUUAUUCACGAGUCCAUAGACUCCUACGGAGCAGUGAUGUGGCCAGCUGCGUUGGCCCUGUGCUCCUUCCUGGACAACAACAGGACGAAGGUGAACAUGCAGGGAAAGGAGGUGCUGGAGCUCGGAGCAGGAACUGGACUGGUGACCAUCGUGGCCAGUCUGCUGGGAGCCUCAGUCACAGCCACAGACCUUCCUGAGGUGUUGGGUAACCUCCGGGCCAAUGUGAUGAGGAACACCAGGGGUCGCUGCAGAUUCUCUCCCCAGGUGGCAUCUCUGUCCUGGGGCCAGGACCUGGAGAGCACCUACCCUGCAUCCGUCUACCGGUAUGACUACGUGCUGGCAGCUGACGUGGUCUACCAUCACGACUACCUGGACCAGCUCCUGGACGCCAUGAAGCAUUUCUGCCAACCGGGAACCAAAGUGAUCUGGGCCAACAAGGUGAGGUUCGAGAAUGAUCUGACUUUCACGGAGAACUUUAAGAAGGCUUUUCACACGAGUCUGCUGGUCGAACACGGAGAGAUGAAGAUCUUCAUGGCAACAUGCAAGCAGAAAGAAGGAGAAAGGGAUCUGGAAACAAGAUCGGAUGGUUGAGGAGGAAGACGAGGAGAGCAGUAAAAUGCUAUAAAAAGACUUCAUGGCGGCAUGUAGGGAGGGAGAGAUAGAAUCGUAUGGGUAGAUAACUCUACAACCCCUAUGGGCUCAGAGUGCUUAGUCACAGCUUCUGUUUAAAGUGUUUACACUCACAUCACGCUCUCGAAGGUCAAAGGGCGAGUGCCUGAUCGCAAUUAUCGCGAGCAAGGAGGAUCGGUGGCAUGUCGUUGCGUGAGUGGGCGAGUAAGUGAGGGUUCCCUUCCGUGUGUGUCCACAGCUAAUGUCCCAUCACGCUGCAGCAAACACUCUAGAGCCUGUGCACGCUUUCGACGUGUUGCUGGACAAACACUGGCACACCUAUUACAAAUACACAGUCAAAUCAAGAGUAACAUCAUCCACGCAAAGAUCAGAAAACAUCAAAUUAUUUUAAAUAUUUUAUUAUUCAGUGUUGUUUUCCUUGUUUGUGACAUAUCUCCAUGUGAACACAAAAAAGUGUGAUAGCUUGAGUCUUUCCCACAUCAGGAAAAAUGGGUAAAAAAUAAUAAGAGCGUCCAACCUUGUUUCAUGACAUUCUGUAAGAUAUUGGCAAUUACCACAUUGUAGGACUACAAAUAUAAACACUCAACAUCCAGCAGAAGCAACGGAUAAGAGCGGUCCGUCUGGUGCCAGAAACAGGCGCUACAGUGAACGUUAAGGCCAUUUUCAGAGAGACUGUCAUCAGCUUACUGUCGACAUCUGCCCGAAACCCAACGCGGGAACAGAGGAGAAAUAGAGGGACGAAGGCGCAGGAACCAACAGAAGAUACACACCAGGUGUGUGCAAGCGCGAGCUAAAAACAGAAGGACGAGGUGACCUCUUCAGAACCGUUAACCGUUCUGUCGUCGGGAUAGAUUGUCUACUCGUAUGAGGGGGGAAAGGCCUCGGCUUAUAAUCAGCUGCUCGUUAGGUUUUCUGUAUUCUUUAUGAAGAGACUGACUUUCAACUUUCAGGUAGUGCGUUUCAUUAUGACUGCGGUUGUGGUUUAAGCAUUUUUAAUCAACAGGGUAAACACACUACCCCGAUUAUCUUGUUUUGAUGAAAUAUUGCUUAGGAUUCAUACUUGUAAAUACGCUUACACCACCUCAACUCCGUCAGACUGCACACACGAAAAGAAAGUUGAAGUAAUAAAGACUUCCAACUUUGCCAUUGAAUGUUCAUUUAGAAGCUAAUCACGCAAAGUAAAAAGAUGAUUGCUAAAGGUUUUAAGGGGCUUUAAUGCAAACUUGGUGUUAUGGACAUUUUGAAACCAUUAUGUUGAUAAACGGUUCUAUGAAAAACUCCGUAAUAAAGACUCUAGAUAACACAUGUAGGACGGUUAUCUCAGUAAAAAAAACAAUAAAACUUACA